GGAAUGAAAAAUAUGUAUCCAGAAGCAUCUUAUAUCAAAUAAAAGAUAAUGAAGAUGCCUUUAGGGAUCAUCAAGCUGAAUCUUUCGAAACGUUAAUCGAUGAUUUCAAUAAAAACUCACUUAAUGUAAUCACAUGA